GUAGCUCCGCCCCAUUGUGGUCCUGUCCCGCCGUUCAAAAUGGUCCAAAUGCGGUCAGAGCGCUUCUCACUCGCAACGUCUACUUCCUUAGCGUGACACGGCUUACUUAGUAAAGGCAGCCCACUCACGCUCGCUGUGACAUCCCGGAGUGGCAGACGUUCGAGUCGACGACGAAGGAAGAAGAUGCUGUGGUCGCGACAGGUGACGUGUUGCUGCCUGCUGAUGCUCAUCCACGCUUCUGCUCUGUCAGCUUACGAAUGCAGCUCCAGUCAGCUGAAGUGCGCAAACGGCAGGUGUGUCACCCGCAGGUGGGUUUGUGACGGGACGGACGACUGUGGUGAUGGAACUGAUGAACUCCCUGAAACAUGCGCGGCCAGAACGUGUCUAAACACAGAGUUCAGCUGCGGUGCCCCCGAGCAUCAGUGUGUACCCCAGGGCUGGCACUGUGACGGCAAAGCUGACUGUGACAACGGCGCAGAUGAGAAGAACUGCACGGCAAAGCAGUGCACGGCUCAGCAGUUCCGCUGCACCACAGGACAGUGUAUAUCUCACAGCUUCGUGUGUGACCACGACGACGACUGUCCCGACGGCUCAGACGAGGCUUCCUGCCAGAAGCCGACAUGCAGCCCGCAGACCUUCCAGUGUAACAACUCUGUAUGCUUGCCCGCUACCUGGCUCUGCGACGGCGACAAAGACUGUGCCGACGGGUCCGACGAGUGGCCCCAGAACUGUGUGGGCAAGCAGCCAGAGAAUAAAACUUGUGCAGUGCAUGAGUUCCAGUGCGCUGAUGGCUUGUGCACACACAGCAGCUGGCACUGUGAUGGCAGCACGGACUGCCUGGAUCACUCGGAUGAAGUCAACUGCACUCGCCCUACUUGUCAGCUCGAUGAGUUCCAAUGCGGUGACGGCAUGUGUAUACAUGGCAGCCGUCAGUGCGACAACCUGCGCCACUGUUCAGACGGUAGCGAUGAGCUCGACUGCCAAGCAGAAAAUGCCUGCGACGGCCCCACUCAAUUCAAGUGCGGCAGCGGGGAGUGCAUCAGCACGGCGAAGUUGUGCGACAAACAGAAAGACUGCCAGGAUUGGUCGGAUGAGCCAGUCACCGAGUGCAACAACAACGAGUGCUUGAGUGGAAAUGGCGGCUGCUCCCAUGGUUGUAUAGAUCUAAAGAUUGGCUACAGUUGUUCCUGCCCUGCAGGAUACACACUUCAGGCGGACAAAAAAAACUGUGAAGACAUUAACGAAUGUGCAGAUCCGGACAUCUGCAGUCAGAUUUGCAUCAAUGAGCCUGGCAGCUACAAGUGUGAUUGUAAAGAAGGCUUUGCCAUGGACCCUGUUACCAAGACCUGCAAGGCUGAGUCAGGCACCAUGCCCACCCUCUAUUUCACAAACAGACAUGAGGUGAGGAAGAUGACGGUGGAUCGUAGCGAGUACGUGCGUCUGGUGGGCGGGCUGAAGAACGCUGUAGCUCUGGACAUGGACAUGCCCAGAGAGAUUAUCUUCUGGGCGGACCUUGCCCACAAGAAAAUCUACAGCUCUAGGUUAGACAUGGCCGCCAACUCCUCCCAACAUACCGUAGUGAUCGGCGAUGGAAUCAAGGACCCAGAAGGGCUUGCAGUGGACUGGAUCCAUGGCAACAUCUACUGGACUGACAGUUAUUUGCACUGCAUCUCCGUGGCAACAACAGACGGCAGCAAGAGGAAGACGCUGAUCACAGAAAACCUGCAGAAGCCAAGAGCCAUCACAGUGGAUCCAAUCAACAACUUCAUGUACUGGACUGACUGGGGUGAGGAGGCAAGGAUAGAGAGGAGUGGUUUAAAUGGAGCCGACCGCAUCGUCUUGGUAAAGGACAACAUUGUGUGGCCUAACGGAAUCACCCUUGACAUGGUCAACCAGCGACUCUACUGGGUGGACUCAAAGUUGCACACGCUCUCCAGUGUAGAUGUAAACGGAGGGACUAGACACACUCUCAUCUUCAAUAAAGAAAAACUUUCACACCCGCUCUCUCUGACUGUCUUCGAGGACAAAGUCUUUUGGACGGACACAAGCAACAGUGCUGUUUUCAGUGCUAGCCGUAAGACAGGAGGGGACAUUACGGAGCUGGCAAGAGACCUGGAGCAGCCAGAGGACAUUGUGCUCUACCACAACCUCAAGCAACCGAGCGGUCGCAACUGGUGCACAGAGAGCAACAAUAUUAACGGAGGCUGUGAGUUCUUCUGCCUUCCUGCCCCGGUCAUUACCCAAAACUCUCCUAAAUACACCUGUGCCUGCCCUGACCACAUGACCAUGGCGCCUGACAUGAGGAAAUGUGUGGCAGUUGCGCCUCCUGCUGUAAGUGACAACAGUGAUCCAGACAACCAGGCUGUGACAAGAGCCGCAAUCACGACUACCUCAAUCAUGCAGCCUCAGAAGCCCAACAUCUCCUCCUCGCUACAGCCUUCAGCCAACAGACAUGCCAACGUGCCUGCGAAGGUAGAGUCGUCUCACCCUUCAGCCCUCUACAUUGCCAUUCCAAUCGUGGUCAUGAUCUUGCUGGUGUUUGGCGCAGCGUUGCUAUGGAGACACUGGCGACGGAGGAACACCAACACCAUCCACUUUCUCAAUCCUGUUUAUCAGAAGACCAUAGAGGACGAGGAGCACAUUGGCAGAAACGACUCGGAAGGCUACGUGUAUCCUCAGAGACAAAUCCUUAGAAUGGAGGACGUUGAUGUGGCUUAAUGGACCCUGAACAAGUGACACACAAAACUAAGGCUAUUUUUCUUUUUCUAAUUCAAUCUUCCAAAGAAGCCAUAGUUUACAUGAAUGAAGGGGUCGGGCAUGCCUGCAGGAUGCCAUGAUGUCAAACCUCAACAUGUCUUCGGAAUCAAAAGGUUCAGAAGAUGAUGCUUUUACUUGCACUGAUAUUGUCUGAAUGUACCAAAACCGUUUGCUACAUACGUAUUUAUUAUUAUCUAGCGCCCACAUGUAACUUAGUGGUGCUGACACAUGAAGUGGGGUACACGCGUAAAGGAAAUUAGGCCGUUGUUGUCUCGAUUUUUCCUGUUUCAAUCAAAGACCGCAAACACCUUACGUCUUCUAAGAUUGUUCUAUGGUCUGAGGUCUGUUAAGAGUGUCCUAAUAAUUGGCUCCAAAACGGGUAGGGCCAAAAAUAUCUGUAACAAAAAUGUUGCACAAGUUUAAUAUUUACGACCAUAACUUUUCAUGUCUGUAGGGAAAGUCAAAACUUGAGUCAUCACUCCGUAAAUUCUGAUGUGGUAAGAAAGUAGCCUGUCGGGAAUCUAAAAAAGCAUCAGGGAUACUUUGAGAAAGUUCUCACCUCUAUCUCACUCAGUAUGUUAUCAGGGUUUCCGCGGGUCAUUAAAAAUGAAGGCCUUGAAUGGCAUUAAAAAGCAAUAAGUUCGAUGUUCAGAGGCAUUAAAAAAAAUGUAAUGUGGUGAAAUGAAACAAGUGGACGAGUAAAGGCAGGCAAAACGGUGACAGAUUUCUUUGGCGUGACCAACAAAGCAACUUCUGCUGUCGCCACCACAACUGGUAACUGCUGCUACCAAUGCAGGAAAAUAAAUAAAUACAAAUACAUUUUCAGAAUAAACAGUCUUGUGAGCCAAUUCUAAUCCGUCAGAGAGUGACAGUUAAUAUGAACUUUUCAACUGUUCAAGAUUAUCAUCGUCAAAAUGCUAACAAUUUUAUCUUUACUGACAAUUGUAAGCUUUUGACCAUGUAUAAUAACUACCUGCAUUAGGACAACAUUCAAUUGGUUUGAAGUGGCAUUAAAAAGUGUUCAAUUAGAUUUGCUUAUACCUGCAGAAACCCUGAUCAUGGAGGACUAGUGAUGGUGGUGAGACAGAAUGCUUAUGUAUGUGGUUUUGUUAUUAUCUUAUUAUUAUUAUUAUUAUUAUUAUUAGUAUCUCAGAUUUAGAAAAUGUGUGUACAAGCCUUAAGACCGUCCAAUGAUUGUAUGAAACGUGACUUAAGAAGCCGAUGUGUUGCACAAAAGCAACUGAAAAAGCCAGAUUCAUUCAUUCAUUCUUGUAGUGCUCUCAGACUAGUAACUGUGGUAGUUGGCACCCCCUUAGCUCAGGGCUAUUCCGCUGAAUUGUUUUAGCGGCCACAUUUCCAAAGAAUAACCCUCCUCAUAUAACAGAAGCGCUGUACUUUUUUUCUAUGAUUUGGCUGCAAAAAUGUUAUAGUCUAUUCCAAGCUUUUUAAACUAAACUUGUCUGGUGUCACUCUGGCCCGUGGGCCGCCUGUUGAAUAGCCAUUCCCCAGCUCUUUACCCCUGCACUGAUGGCUUUAAUGAAUGUUAAGGUUGCAAGUACUGCAAGUGUAUCUCGCACACACUGGGCCGAUCUACUAAAGUCGAAAUAACAUGCUAAACAGCGUGUGCACGCUAUAAAAUGGUGUGUACAAUUAGUGGGCGUGUUUGGUGUGAUCUGCUAAGACUGCAUGUACAAUUGAUAACUGGUGCAGACCGCCCUAUUUAAAUGUGUACUACUGGCUUUAUGUGUCCAUAGAAACACUCAUUUCCCCCACAGUCAUGUUAUCAUGCUCUUCAACAAGCACAUGUCUAUAAUAUGGACCAACUUCUCUGCAAUAUAGAAUCCCAACUAUUUUUAAUUAGCCCCUUAAGUCAUCCAGGAGCUUUAAAAUGAUAAAAUAAUAUUGCUGAAUAGACGAUAUGUUGUUUAAUUUCAGUUGACCCACAAAAGGUUCUGUGUCUUUGCAGCGUGAUCCUCUUCUUUUCCACAGCCAUUUAUUUUCUAUUUAUUUUAGAUAUCAGACACACUAAAUAAAGAUGCAAACUGCCGCACGCAGAACGGUUUUAGAUUUGAUAAAUCACUUUGCACGUACUUAAUAAUUAUAUUUGCAUGUUAUCCUACUUUUGUGGGCUUUCUGAUGAGCAGCAUAUAUUCUGCAUACUCACGAAGACAGACUCUGCUCACUUAAGAGACGCAAUCCUCUGCCAAGAACUUAGUAGAUCAGGCCCGUUGUGUGCUGGCUUCCGUGAGACAAACCAAAUAGGUGGUUUUUAUUGCAAACGGUUAAAGCUGCUGAAUUUCUUGUUAUCAACAAAUAUGAAGAACGUGUUUGAAAUGAAGAUGUCUUUGUAAAUAGACUGUCAAUGUUUUGUAAACAUUCACUUUGUUGCCUUUUCUCUAUGUGUUGUGAAUCGGGAAAUAUUGUGUAUAUCUUGCUAUUAUUUAUUCAUGAAGUGGAUAUCGGAGAAGUUAUUGAUUUGUUGUGGUGUGGCUCAAAAUAUAUAAGCAGUUAAAUAAACCCAAUGUGAUUUGUAUCUGAGCUACAUUAAUAUUGUUUUUGUUUUUUGUUUUUUUUUCAUUUUAAAAGUCUUUUUCUUUUUAUUGCCACUGCUCCAUUUUAAAGGGUAUCCAGAAUGGGAAAUAGCACAAUAUAGAACACGCUAAACAGGUAAACAUUUUGAAUUGUAUUGAGGAAGGCUAGGAAUAAUACAGAAUUUAAAAAAAAAUCAAAUAUAUAAAAAUAAUGAAAUAUAUGUUUUUCGAGUGACAAGACGGCUUAAACGCAAAAGACUUGAAAUAAUGAUAUAAUUAUAAAUCGUAUACUGGUGUUAAUUCAGUCCAACUUUCACACUGUGCAGCUGAUGUUUAUUUUUGUUUGUCAUAAUUGUACAUGAUGUUUUGUUUGUUACGUGUCUUUUUUUUUUGUGAUGACAAUCACAUAAUUUAUUCUGCAUCUUGUUUGUUACUUGAGUAUCACUUUGUUUCCACUGUGAAAUAAAAUGCACAUAAAAAUGGAGUGUUGUUGAAGAAUAUGUGUGUACUCGAUGCACAGCAGGUUGCUUUGCUAGUUUUUUUGGAAUAAUAAAAAAAAAAAAAGUCCCCAAAAUGU